AAACAACAGUGAGUUGAUCUCUAGAGUAAUGAAAACGAGGCCUGAUUGGGAGGAAACUCCGUACUAUGAUAGCUUAUUCAACUUCAAAUGGCAGCAAUUAUCCAAAGGGAUAAUGUUUGAUCUCCUAUCUUCCAAUGGCACUAAGCAAAUAGUGAACCAUUAUGAGAAUCAUAAGUGUAUUACUACCAAAAAUGGGCUGUUUAAAUGCCUCAGUGAUUAUUGUAGCGAAUACGUGUUUGAUUAUGUCCCCCUCACAUUUAUCAUUGAAAGUAAUACUGGAGAAUUCAAGAAAAACCUUGCUACUUUUCAGGCAGUUUUUAGAACUUUUGAUGAGAAUAAGCACAAAGAAGCUACUUUAAGUGAACACCAAGAAAUGAUGGGACGUAUCAAUGAUAGUCUCCCCUCUAUUCCUUUGAAUAAUAAGAAGUCAACCAAAAAUGUGAAAUUUUGAUGAAAUGAAACACAUUUUAAUGGCUAUAACCUCUGGUUUCUGAAAUGUACUCAAUUUAACAGAGGAAAAGGCAUUUACGUAUUUAAUUCACUUGACCAACUAGUCUCCUUAAUAGAUGGGAUGGACAAAGGAUUACCUAAAACUGAAGCAAGUAUGAUCAUCUCGAACAAAGACCAGAAAAAGAAGUCUAGCACCCAACAUCCUGAGGUAUGAAGUCAGAAAAUAAAGAGCUCAACCUUUGUGAUUCAAAAAUAUAUUGAAAAACCUUUGUUGAUCAAUGAUAGAAAAUUUGACAUCAGAGUAUGGGUACUCCUCACCCAAGAUCUAAAGGUGUAUUUCUUCAAAGAAGGGUACCUCAGGACCUCCUCAGAAGCAUUCUCCCUCUCAGAAGAGAACAUUGACAAGGAAUAUGUUCACCUCACUAAUAAUGCUGUUCAGAUAAAUUCUACUAAUUAUGGUAAAUUUGAGGACGGAAACCAAAUGAGUUUUAAUGAUUUCCAAGAUUAUUUAACUGAGCAUGAUCCCGAUUUGGUCGAAAAGACCUUAAGAAACCUAGAUAUCCCUGAGGGAGAAGAAGUUGACCUCAAGAGUUACAUUCUGAGUGAAAUGAAAUAAACUUGUGGUUCUAACCUUCCUCAGCUCGAGAGAGAAUUUUCUCAAUAAAUCUAAAAACAGCUCAUUUGAAAUAUUUGGAUUCGACUUUAUUGUAGAUUGCAAGAUGAAAUUAUGGCUAAUCGAGGUGAAUACAAAUCCAUGUCUUGAAGAAUCUAGUGAGCUGUUAAAGUCCUACCUCCCUCGAAUGAUAGACGAUGCAUUUAAGCUGACGAUUGAUGUGAUAUUUAAAAAGAAAAUAAAUUUGCCUGACCUGCAAAGAUCCAAUGAGGAUAUCCAUGAAGGUGCAUCCCAAGAAUUUCCUGUAGAAGGUCAUCCUGAUGACCAAAAUUUAUGGGAAUUAUUAUUGUAA